AUGAGCAAGGGCUUGGGGAAGCACUCCUGGGAUGUCCCCAUCACGGCCCUCACCGUCAAGGUGAUGCAGAUUCGCCUAGCUGACCAGUUGCUCGGCUCCAUCACCCACUUCGCAGUGAAGGCGUCCCUCGUCUUCUUCUUUUUGCGUCUCUUCGGCACCCUGACCUGGGUCCGAGUGACCUGCUACGGACUCCUGACCUUGACGUUCCUAGCCUAUGGCUCGUACGAGGUCGUCGUGCUUGCCUUUUGCAUCCCCCAGCCAGGCGAGCAAUGGGGUAACGUCGUCCUCGCGAGGUGUGCCACCACUGCCCCUGCCACCAUCGCCGUCAAUGUCUGCGCCGUGGUGGCCCAUCUGGCCCUUUUCAUUAUGCCCUUCCCCAUCAUCGCCGGGUUGACGUUGAGUCGGCCCAAGAAGAAGGGUUUGCUGGUUGUGUUAUUGAUUGGAUUCCUCUACAUGGAAGUCUUUGGCACCGUCAUCGUGGCCUGCACACCCGCCCUUCCGGGUCUCUGGAGCAACGUCCUCAGCGAAUCAGCCUUCUUUUCAUCCCUCCGCUCCCGCAUUCUGGGGUCUCGCUCCCGCAGAACGGGCGAUAGCAACGUCAGUGGCAGCAUGCCCACCGCGAGAACGUACCCGCCGCCGACGUUCCAGAACGAGUCAAUCUCCAAGACGUCGUUCAGGACUGGGUCGCAGAGGGAGCUUGUGGGAGAGGAAGACGGGAUGGAUGAGUAUCCGUUGAAGACGAUCCAGAAGACGAUGAGCGUUAAUGUGAGCAGGGCUGAGAACAAUGAUGGCAAGACUGGGGGAGAUGGUGAUGCAAGGAGGAAGAAGAGUAAUGGCGGGUGGGAGGAGUUGGGGGAGGGGAACCGUGAGAGUACUGUUAAGGGGGGGAAUGCGAGGUGGUGA